CUGGAAUCACACAUAUGCACAUAAAUCUUAGGAUUUUUUAAAAUUUUUAUGAAUAGUUCGUUUAUAAAUGUGCUUCGUUGUAAGUAAUUUAUUUUAAUCAACUCGGCAGGAGCCUCGAGUGAGCUAAUUGACAUAAACCAGAGGUUAUGAAGAUAUGAAGCGGAAAAAACAAUGCACUGGUUGAAAUGGUUCAAAUCAGACACAUUCUGUUGCGUUUUCUCACUCCAAUCCGGAGCAGUCAUGUCCAUCAUGGUCCUAUCUGCACUAGGAAUAACGGCACUAGUAAAUAUAAUCUAUUACCUCGUGACGUCAUCAACAUUUGAACUACAUAUAGUGCCAUUCUGUUUAGCAUUGGCUUAUAUAUUAGUGUUGGGUGUUGGGGUCGUACUAGCCUUCUGCGGAGCAUAUAGCGAGAGUACGUUUUGGAUGGUACUAGGAGCUGUAUUUACUUUCGUUGCGCUUAUAAUCUACAUAAUUAUAGUCAUAAUGUCCUUCAUCCCUGAUUUGUACAAUACCGCAUGUAUAUCACUCCGGUGCCCAGAGCAUCUGUGGUUACAAAAAUCUUAUUGGCGUAGGGAAUAUAAUGAAACGGAAACCGACGAAACAGAAGAAGAUGGGAAUGGGAAUAACACAGACUUGGUGGAUGAAAAAGAAGCGAUCAGGACUACGUUAUUCAGGCUACCCACUACCACUACUAGAUUAAUAAGUCAUAGGCGGCUACGACCGAACCCGAUAACUAUGGCAUACGGCAUGAGAAAGGGACCAGGCUCCUCUUUAGUGGCAGAAGAAGAGGUACGAGAACAAGAAGCCAAAGAAGAAUUUCUUUGCCAAAAGAGGGAGAAGAAAUUCAUAGAUGAAAGUGAUGAGGAUCUGGAUUACUGUCCUCCAGAGGGGCGCGAAGGACAAGACGACUCAGGUGUACGAGUAUUUUCAGCAAUAAUGUCCGUGGUGUACGUCAUCUGCUAUAUAGUGUUUCAAGCAUAUUGCUUGUACGGAUUUCUCUGUUUUGCAAACGAACUGAGGAAAGAGGUGAUUUAAUAAAAAAAAAAUGUUGAGAAAAUAAAUAGUUUUUUAUUUUA